GCGCACCACCACCCCCCUCCCCUCCCCUCUUCCCUUCCCGCGGCUUUGUGCCUUUCUAUCUCUCUAUUUAUCGGAGGGUCAUUUAAUCUGUCAGUAUGCUGGCACGUACUGUUUUGCGCAGCGUGCCCUCUCGGGGCAUCGCACGCCAGUCCUUGAACAAAACAUCCAAGCGUGCCUCUUCCUCGACAGCCGGUGCCGAAUCCGCCAGCUCCCCCUUCUACCUUACACUCACUGCGUCCGCCGCAACGGCCGUCGCUGUCGGAUCCACCUACUAUCACUUCUAUGGCCAGGAGGCUUUCGCGUCGACACCUGCUGAGGAGGGAUUGCACGCCACUGCUUACCCUUGGGAACACGCCAAAUGGAACAAGACUUUCGACCACGCUGCGCUCCGCCGUGGUUUCCAGGUCUACCGUGAGGUUUGCGCCAGUUGCCACUCUCUGACCCGUGUGCCCUGGCGUUCGUUCGUCGGUACCAUGCACACCGUCGAUGAGAUGAAGGCUUUCGCCGAAGAACACGAAUAUGACACCGAGCCCAACGACCAAGGCGAGAUCGAGAAGCGCCCCGGAAAGCUUUCGGAUUACAUGCCUGGCCCCUACAAGAACGAGGAGGCUGCCCGUGCUGCCAACGGUGGUGCUCUGCCUCCUGAUCUCAGCUUGAUCGUCAAGGGCCGUCACGGUGGCUGUGACUACAUUUUCAGCCUUCUGACCGGUUACCCCGAUGAACCCCCUGCCGGUGCCAACGUCGGUGAGGGAAUGAACUUCAACCCCUACUUCCCCGGAACCGCCAUUGCUAUGGGUCGUGUCCUCUUCGACGGUGUCGUUGAGUACGAGGAUGGUACUCCCGCUACCACCUCCCAGAUGGCCAAGGAUGUUGUCGAGUUCCUCAACUGGUCUGCCGAGCCAGAGAUGGACGACCGGAAGAAGAUGGGUGCCAAGGCCAUCGCUCUUCUGACUGGCCUGUUUGCCGUCAGCGUCUGGGUCAAGCGUUACAAGUGGUCUCCAAUCAAGACAAGAAAGAUUGUGUACAGCCCUCCCGUCUCCCGGCGCUGAAUGUUGCAGCGGACUGUAUGAUUUAUAAAACGUGAAGGCCUUGAAAGACGCCGAGCGGACCUGGAAUGGUUUUAAACGACCCUCAGGUUGGUUCUGUUUCCUUUCCACGGUCUCUUCAGUCGUCUUUGUCAAUGGUCCCUCUGCUUGUUUGCUACUUUCAGACCAUCUGUAUCUGUACCCUAGAUAUUCCUUUUCCUUUGAAAAUCUUGUUUUGAAGAACCAAAGAUGUCAUUUUAUUUCCUUUGUUAACAAGUCUUUUUU